AGCAGUUGCUGAUGUUGUGCUCUGAAGCAGCCUCAGUAGAAGGGGAAAUGGAUCCAGCUUGCACAUCCCUCGCCUUUCGACAUCUUCCCUUGGUUUCAGCAUGGGCUGCCCAAGGAGCUGACAAGGGGAUCUUUAGGAAUGUCACACAGUAGGUGCUGAGACAAUUUGGAUGGAAAGAAAUAAAAAAUGGCCGUUCCUGUUUGAAAAAAAAUUCUCACGCACAGACUCACAAUAGCCAACAGCCAUGUCAAAAAAAGGACGCAGCAAGGCUGAAAAGCCAGAGGCACUGAUUAUGUCCUUACAAGCUGCCAAUGAAGAUCUCAGGACCAAGCUAACAGACAUUCAAAUUGAGCUUCAUCAGGAGAAGUCUAAGGUGAGUAGACUUGAACGGGAGAAAACCCAAGAAACAAAGCGGAUCCGGGAGUUGGAGCAGCGCAAGCAGACAGUGCAGAUAACUGAACUGAAAGCUAAGCUCCAUGAGGAGAAGAUGAAGGAGCUCCAGGCUGUGCGGGAAAACCUCAUCAAACAGCACGAGCAAGAAAUGGCACGGACAAUGAAAAUCAGAGACAGUGAGAUCCAGAGGCUCAAGUCAGCGCUGUACGCGUUGCGGGAAGGAAGCAGCGACAAAGUACGGACAGCCCUGACCAUUGAGGCUCGCGAAGAGGCCAGGAAACAAUUUGACUCCGAGCGCCUUAAGCUUUUGCAGGAGAUCACUGAACUAAAAUCUGCCAAGAAGCAGGUGGAUGAGGCCCUUAACAACAUGAUCCAGGCGGAUAAGAUCAAAGCAGGGGAUCUGCGGAGUGAGCACCAGUCCCACCAGGAAGCGAUCACGAAGUUCAAGUGGGAGAGCGAAAGGGAUAUUCGCAGGCUGAUGGACGAGAUCAAAGCAAAAGACAGAACAAUCUUUUCCUUGGAAAAAGAGCUGGAGACCCUGACUGGAUAUGUUCAGAAGCUUCAACUGCAGAAGGAGGCUUUGGAUGAACAACUCUUCUUAGUGAAGGAGGCAGAAUGUAACAUGAGCAGCCCCAAAAGAGAGAUCCCGGGCAGAGCAGGAGAUGGCUCUGAACACUGCAGCAGUCCUGAUCUACGCAGAAACCAGAAGAGGAUGGCGGAGCUGAAUGCUACUAUACGGAAACUGGAAGACAGGAACACACUACUUGUAGAUGAACGGAAUGAACUGUUGAAACGUGUUCGGGAAGCUGAAAAACAAUGCAAACCUCUCCUGGAAAGAAAUAAGUGCCUCUCCAAGAGAAACGAUGAACUGAUGCAGUCAUUGCAGCGCAUGGAGGAGAAACUCAAAGCAAUCGCGAAGGAAAAUUUAGAAAUGAAAGAAAAAAUGACAUCCCAUCCUCCUUUGAAGAAAUUAAAAUCUCUCAAUGAUCUGGACCAAGCUAAUGAAGAGCAAGAAACUGAAUUUUUGAAGCUUCAGGUUAUAGAACAACAGAACAUAAUUGAUGAGCUGACACGGGACAGAGAGAAACUUAUACGGCGGAGGAAGCAUAAAAGAAGUUCAAAGCCAAUUAAGAGGCAUGUCUUGGACACAGUUUACGGGGGUGAUGAUGAUUCCAUGGACUCUGAAACCUCAUCCAUGGCUUCAUUCAGGACAGACAGAACACCAGCAACACCAGAUGAAGACCUGGAUGAAAGCUUAGCAGCUGAAGAAUCGGAGUUGCGAUUUCGACAAUUAACAAAGGAGUAUCAGGCCCUGCAAAGAGCCUAUGCGUUACUGCAAGAGCAAACAGGGGGCAUCAUAGAUGCAGAACGAGAAGCCAAGGCUCAAGAGCAACUCCAAGCCGAAGUCCAGAGGUAUAGAGCUAAAAUAGAAGAUCUGGAAAAAACGCUAGCGCAAAAAGGACAGGACUCCCAUUGGGUAGAAGAUAAGCAACUUUUUAUUAAGAGGAAUCAGGAGCUUUUGGAUAAGAUAGAAAAGCUGGAAAUAGACAACAAUCGAUUGCAACAGGAGCUGCAGGACGCCAGAGAUCAGAACGAGCUGUUGGAGUUCCGAAAUCUAGAGCUUGAAGAGAGAGAAAGACGGUCUCCACCAUUUAAUUUACAAAUCCACCCAUUCUCUGAUGGUGUAAGUGCUCUACAGAUCUACUGCAUGAAAGAAGGUGUCAAGGAUGUUAGCAUUCCAGAUCUUAUAAAGCAGUUAGACAUCUUGGGUGACAAUGGGAAUUUAAGAAAUGAAGAGCAAGUGGCUAUAAUUCAAGCUAGUACCGUAUUAUCCCUGGCAGAAAAGUGGAUACAGCAGAUUGAAGGAGCCGAAGCAGCUCUGCACCAGAAGAUGAUGGAACUAGAGAGUGACAUGGAGCAGUUCUGUAAAAUAAAAGGUUAUCUAGAGGAAGAACUGGACUACAGGAAACAAGCUCUUGACCAAGCCUAUAUGAGAAUCCAGGAGCUUGAAGCCACCUUAUACAAUGCUUUGCAGCAAGAAACAGUGAUAAAGUUUGGGGAAUUGCUCAGUGAGAAACAGCAGGAAGAACUUAGGACCGCUGUAGAAAAAUUAAGAAGGCAGAUGCUGAGAAAAAGCAGAGAAUAUGAUUGCCAGAUCCUACAGGAGAGGAUGGAAUUGCUUCAGCAGGCACAUCAGAGGAUCCGAGAUUUAGAAGAUAAAACUGACAUCCAGAAGAGACAGAUCAAGGAUUUAGAAGAAAAGUUUCUCUUUCUGUUCUUGUUCUUUUCUCUUGCCUUUAUUCUUUGGCCUUGAUGUCAAUGUGCCUCUUGAAAGAGUGAUUGACUACACAGUAAAGUCCUCAAAAGGGCAGAUGCUUCCAGACCCAUGAAAAAGAGAACACUGUUUACAACCAUCUCAAAACAAAGCAACACUCUGUAGCUGAGACCACACCCACCAUGUAGUUUAAAGCCAUUAUUCAAGAUUUGUUACUGGACAGUUCCUGUCUAAAGCUACAAAAUAUGCUGCACUUAAUGAAAUUCUAUAAGGGGGAGAAGAAUAUCCCAUCAGUGUAUAUCAUAAGGAUUCUGUGUGUGUUUUUCCUUUUCUUUUUUAAGUGAAGAAUCAGCAAGAAACCACAUUCAGCAGACUGAGUGAAGGUAUGUCAGGCAAGGAACCAAAGUGACUAUGAACAAUCUAUCCCUGCUGUGCAGGGGGAUUAUUUUAAUCAUAAACACCAACUUCCCAUGAAAGUCUUCAAUAAUAAAGGGGACAGAGCAGAAGAAAUGUAUUCAGAACUCUUAAGAGGACAAGGAUGAUAAAAUGGUCAAUUUGGAACGUCUGGCUUUCUUAAUACAGGGACUCUUUUUCUCUCUGAUUUUAAACUCAGGAACAAUGACAGCUGCAAUGUGAACAAAAGGGAAAAAUGUACUCUGUUUUUGUUUCCUAAUGGGUGGAAAAUGGGAUAGAUAUAGUUGGAACACUAACCUACAGCUGCCUGCAGUAGCAAGGAUGAUACAUCUAGUGUGAAUGGCUGACAGUGCUCUUGAGGAGUCCUAACAAAUGCUGUAGCCUUAUCUGUCGUCAGGCCCUUCCACGAAGGACAGCGUGUCAGACAUUUUGUUACAUCAAGUGAAGAACUGUGCAAGAACACCACACUCAUUUCACUAACCAUUUAAUGUAUCUUCUGGAACCAGAAUGGGAUGGAAAGGUCUUCUGACUAAGAAAUAGUUGUGUCAGAGAGGAACCCAAUGCCUGUUAAUCAGACCUCAGACCUCCGAAGAGUUUCUUCCUCCACUCACUGUUAAUGUACACCUGAAAUAUGUAUAAGCCAUUUAUUUUCCCUUGUUGUGGUUAUUUUCUCCAUUGGCUGCAUGAACCAAAAUGAGGAAAUCUAGGGAACAGCCCUUAUUAUCUCACCUGCACUUGACAAAUGCAUAUCUUGCUGUUGAGAAUAGACUUGAAUUCAUCAUUAAGGUCUACCUUAAUGCAGCAUUUUAUCUUCCAGUUGACAAUACAUUUCACUCAAUUUUGCAAGGUUUCCUUCCAGAAGAAGCUCUUGCUCAUGCACAUUCUUGUUUAGAAUCAUUUGUUUGUAUUUGGGCCAUUUCUGGCUUUGAGGGCAAAUGUCCCUGUGCUGAAGGCAGAAAAGCCUGGUUUGGUCUAUUAGCUCUGUUCCCAGAUGUCCCCACUGACCUGCUCUUCCAUUUCACAGGUUUAUGCGUCUUACUCUCCCCUUAUAGACAGCAAGGGUUUAUCUCUCACCUGUGCAUUGCAUAAUUUAAAUAAAACUAGAAAUAUUAA